GUCACAUCUUCAGCCUCAUCACGCGUCAUCAUUCAUCAAAAUCCAAAGCUUUGAGGAGAUGAAGGAGUACGCCCAAAAUAACACUUUUAGCAACAAUCAGCUCGAUGCAAUCCAAGGCAAAAUAGCGUAGAGAAAAGAGUUGGAUGCAGCAGGGCGUGUAAGCGGCACAUCCAGGUGGCAACUGCUUCUACGUGAUAUCUCAGGAUCCGACUACUGCUUCGUCUCUUUUCAAGGUUACACGGAAAAACGUUGCAGUGAUGUCGACCCCAUCAUACGCUCGCGCCACAACCUCGUCUGCCUCUAGAGCCAGCCCGAGAUCAUCGAGCACUAUCCAUACCACAGCAGAACCGACGAAAUCUUCGCCAUACAGUGCAAAGAUCUCCACCACACCUGAAAAGCGCGCUCAAAAUCCUCUGACUCCGAAGAAAACCCUCAAACGACCAUCUCUUCUUACACCUCGGGCAAGAGACCAGCUCAUCUACAAUCGCGAUCUCUACCCUAUCAAACCCAAAGAUGUCUCCAAGCCAUGCCUCUUAGCAGACCUUCCAUCCGAACUACGCAGCCUAAUAUACAUGUUUGUCUUACCAAUGACACAUCACAUCUCUGAUUCUUGGCCCGCAAUCCUCAAACACGGACAACAACGGCCACCUCCCCUACUCCACAUCUGCCGUGCGAUCAGGAUAGAGGCGGCAUACGACUACUACACCAGCACAGCCUUCAAGUUUACAGUCCGGAACCUCAACUUCUAUCCUGUUAUGAAAUGGCUGGAUGAACUACCAAAACAGCAUCGCGCUCUGCUGUUAUCCCGGAACCGACAUUUAGAAAUUAACGUCUUACCGAGCGUAAAGAAUACCUUCACGUAUCCACCCAAAGGCUGGUUGAUUGAUGGAUACAUGCAAGAUCACUGGAAAGCAUGCCAGCCCUUUGGAAAUAUUUACACAGUACCCUCUGACCUACAUAAAUCCCAUUUUCUUGUGUUCUGCCGGCUAGCUUCGUGGUUCCUUUGGUGUUCGAGAUCGCCACAAAAAGAUAUCAGGUGGGCUUACACAUUUGAGCAGUCGCCAUUCCAUAAUCCUUUUGGGUUGCCGGGUCUACAAGAGCAGGCGGUGUUAAAAUGGUUUCUCAACCAUCAUGCUAUGGUGCUAACGAUGGGAUGUGUGGAAAAGGCAUGGAAGAGAAAUAAAUGCGGGGCGGCGAUGAUGCGAGGGGAUGUCAUGAAGUGGUUGGAGGCGUUGAACCGAUGGUAUAAGACACGCUGGGACGAAGAGGCAAACGAAGAAAACUGGGACGAGCAGAUGGAGUCAGUGAAGAAGGCUAUUCAAAAGUGGUAAUUGACGGACAUGGUUGUUGGAUAUGCAAGUUAUCAUUUGGGUAUCAUCGCUAGUAAGGAAGGGAAGCGCCUAUUCCUGAAUAUAGAACUUGUCCUUUGUCCUGCCACCGCACAGUGUGCUUAUGGACAAUAUGCACUCAGCGAACAUUGAGGAAAGCGGGCUCGAAACCGUAGAGGGGCGUACCAAG